ACUUGGAAUCCAGAAUCUGAUCAGAUUCAAUUGGAACUCAGUUUUUGUUAAGAUUGUUUCACCAUCUCAUUUGUAUCUCAAACGAUAUAACAGCAAACUUUUUAGGUGAAUAGUAAAAAUAAAGAAGGAAAAAGAAAAGAAUAGAACAAAAAAUAAAUAUCUAAUAUUUGAUUUUCGGAUAUUAUUCAAUGAAGUCAUGUUACUCCAUCAUGGAUACCUUGUUAUUUCCAAUGUUAAAUGAGGCGGAACAAAAAACUUUAUCAUCAUCAUCUUUCAAUUCAUCUCUCAAUAUAUUUACCUUUAUCAUUUUUCAUCUCUUACUCGAAUCAUCCGUUCCAGUCCAUUCUCCUUCCCUAUCCUCCAUUACUCAUCUUCCAUGAUCUGGUGGAAAAAUUUCUAUUCAGAACUUUUCUCUCACUCACUCUCUCUCUCUCUCACUCUAUCUCUCUCGCUCUUCCAUUAUGAUCCUUGACUCUCAUUGAAAGUGACACUUACCUGUUAACCUUAACAUAACCUGAUCCAUUUCAUGUCAAGUCUGAUUGUUCAUUAUCAACAUCAUCAUAAAGUUCUGGAUUUUCAUUAUGAUUGUUGUGCAUUUGUGAUUCAAUAAUUUAAAAUUUCAACAAUUUGGUGACAAUCAAGUUUACCUGAAAUAACAAUGGAUACCUGUUCAAAUGAAAGUAUCAUUUUACUUGCUCGUCUUGCAGGUAAUUCUAGUUCACAACCUUCACCAGUUUCUUAUAAGAUUUUCUGUCCAUGUUUACUGAUAACUGGACUGGUCAGUAUUGCUCUAAAUGGACUAUUGGUUAUUGUUCGUAAUACCCGACGAUUACGAGCUAGUCCAAUGUUAAUUUUAUCUUUAAACUUGGCGACAACCGAUGGAAUCGCAUCUUUUUUAACUUUCCUUGGAAUUUUGAACAUCUAUCUGACCGUUGUUUUCGAGAUUCGAACCACCGAAUGCUGGGUUCUUAUUCUUGAAGUUUGUCGUCUCUCGUCGUUUUUUGCCUCAGUUCUUCAUCUUCUAGCACUCACUUGGCUUCACUAUCAAGCAACAACCAACCCGCUCCACCAUAGACUUCAAAGUGUAUUUCAAAAUCGGAAAGCAGUUCAUGGUUUAUCUGCUUCUUGUUGGAUAAUCUCAUUGACUUUUUUCACCGGCUAUUUCUGGUCGAUUCCAUGUCAAGGUUUUCGAGCUCGAAAUUGUCCUCAUUGGUUUCUCUAUUUUUGGAAAUUUCGAUUUACCAUAUUAAUCUGCUUUUCGACUCCACUUUUCCUAAUGUUCUUUGCCUAUUGUCGAAUAUUUCAUUCACUAUUCUUCACCUCCAAUAUACAUCGAUCACUCAGACGUUUUGAUGGAGCCUCAAUUAGCACUACAACAGGUACAACUUCUAGCGCGAUAACAACCACCAUCUCUUCCAGUGGUGGCGGCGGAGGUGUCGGAGGUGGUUGUAUCUCAAGUAGAGGGUCGACUGAUAAUCGUCACCAGUAUCGUCGGACAACGAUUACAUCUCUAAUUAUCGUUGGAACUUAUUUAAUCUGCUGGAUGCCCAACAUUAUCUGGUUGGCACUUUCUUGUACUGAUGGUUGUCCUUAUCCUCUUCUCUCACAGCCAACAACCGUCAGAAUGGUUCUUGGCUUCAUAACCAAUUCCCUAGUCAUUAUUAAGGCCAUUGUUGAUCCUUUUAUCUAUUCUUACCGAAUGAAAGAAGUCAAAUAUGCUAUCAAAUCAGUUUUUCUCUCAUCAACAGAAUCAACAAACUCCUACAUUCGUCGUCAAUCCCAUUAUUGUCCUUCCAUCGGACAAAGUAAUGGUCAAGUAUCAUCGUCCAUUUCCGCUUCAGCUCCUUCUCGUGAACAUUACCUGUAAAUUAUCAACAGCUCAUAUAAAUUACGAACUGUCGAUCAAUUCAAACUCAAACUGUACCAAAUACGAAUAAAAACAAAUCUAUUUU